AUGUCUUCAUUCACUCAGCCGAUGCCAGUAGUUGCCUGCGGCAGAAUACCCACGAUGGGGAAAUCAAUCUCCCAGCACCUGCUGCCCGAAUAUGAAGUCAUCCACUUCAUCCUGUCAUAUGAGGCUGCAGAGGCUGAGCUCCCGCAUCUGCUUGCAGGUCGCGAUCCUCAGUCUCGGAGCCCCAAUGAGAUCGGAACCCACGAUUACAGCCGGCCUCCUCGCGCGGUAAUCUUCGGUCGCGGCUAUGACCCUCAGCAGGUUGAAGAGCUUAAGAAGAAAUUUGCGGGUGUUGCUAAAGAACCUGUUGCUUGGGUGAGGGGGAACCCAGCGGAUUUGCCUGCCGGGGCCGCUGGGCCUGACUAUGCUCAGAAUAUCGCGGCGGGUAUGAAGAAGGUGGUUAAAAAAUGGAGGGACGAGGGAGGAAAAGAUGAGGAGAUUUUGUUCGAAUCUCACAAACACAAAUUCAAGGGCCGAUAUCAAGGAUAUUUGUAA